AUGGGUUCGUUUUGCUUCAAGGGUACAUGUCAAACAGCUGUCGGUCAAGAUUGCACUUCUACGCCAUGCCAAGGAAGUACAAUUUGUGUAGAAGGACGAUGUAUUUUGAAUCCUUGCAUCAAUCGUUGUCCACCGGAUCAUGCUUGUCGAGAGGGUCAAUGUAGACAUCUUGAAGGAUUGCUGUGUUAUGAAGAAUGUCCUAAACCAUAUGUUUGCAUUGAUGGGCGUUGUACAAGAAAUGAAUGUUUCGGGAAAAGUUGUCAACCUGGUGAGAUAUGUCAAUUUGGUCUUUGCAUUAAAGUGGAAGGACGAUUGUGUAGUUUGGCGAUACGUGAUUGUGCUGAAGAAUUUGAAUGUAUCGGAGGUAUUUGUCAUGAUCUUUUAGUAGCAGAAGAUAAUAUUACUUUAUCAUAA